AUGCGCGGCAGCGCCGUUUCUUCGGCUGCUCUAACCGCGCUCAAACAACCCCUAUCUAAGCUGGGCCGCGCCCAUUUAUCCACUACAUCAUCUCACAGCACCGCCGGAACUCGCCUCGGACGUAACAUUCGCAAAGCCAGUACAAUUCCGCAUUUCGCGGGUCAACAAUUUGAACCUGGUGUUAUUUUGAAAGGUUACUCUGGUCGCGAGUACACGAUCGAAAAUGUUCUGCAGGACAGACAAGACCGUCAGGUCUACCUCGCUAGAGCAAACGAGAAAAUGUUUGUUUUGAAGAGUCUCUUUGAGAAUGAGUACAACUAUGCGCUUCCUCUGCAACUGAGGUUUAAUCACUCGCCUUACUUACGGGCGCUUCGGGACACCGUCCCUGAUCAAAAGAUGUUCGUUAACGAAUACAUGACGGACCACCUCCUCAACUUCGCCUUUAAGGACCUACCGCUAUCGGUGCAGAAGCGCGUACUGCGGGACACGCUGCGAGGGCUUGCUGCGUUGCACGACCAGAACAUCGCUCAUUUAGACAUCAAAGCCAACAAUAUCAUGAUUGACUAUCGCGAAGGUCCAGAGGGAUUAACAGUAGACCGGGUUCAAUUAUCUGAUCUUGAAGAUUCUACUCAUAUUCCGCCUGGACAGGCUCUUCGCGGACUUCAAGUCGGCAAUCAAUUUUGGCGCAGUCCGGAAGCGCACGUCCAAGGCGCAGUGGGUAAGCCAUCGGACAUUUUCUCCUUGGCGCUAGUGUUCAUAUUCAUGCGUCUCAAAAUGGUCAUCUUCCGGAUUGACAGCGCGCCAGGCGUCGAUCUCACAAAAGUCAUUUUGGAACGGCAAAUAUCGACUUUUGCCGAGUGGGAUGAUUUCGAAUCCUUCGUCGACUAUUUAGGUCGACGGCAUCCCUGGGUCCCUGAACUACGUCGCAUGGCCGAUUCCUUUGGCGGUGCGGAGAACCCCCGGCGGCCGUUUUCGCUCUGGAAGAGCGAUGCGCUCGAUCCGGAUUUCAAGGAUCUCAUCAAGAAGAUGACCAACUUCGAUCCCAGGAGGCGGGCUACGGCCACGGAAGCCCUCGAUCACAAAUGGUUCCACGAUGUUGAAGGGUAA